ACACACACGCACGCACACACACACACACCCUUCCCAACUCUGGAACACUAUCCAACACUUGGAGGAGCGUGUGUGUGAAAAUGCUCCUGCCGUCAGAGCUUUACCUGUGACUUCAGCACAACACGAGAGGAGGAUCGGGAGGAGAAAAACUCGUGUAGGACAGAAACAUGGGCUGGUCUGCUUCCACCACAUUCUCACUCUUAAAAGACUGAAGGAUCCCCACCAGAGCUCACAGCACACAUGAGGAUCCGCGAUGCUCUGGACACCUCCGGACCUCCUGCAGACCACCUCAUUCACUUCAACUUCUGACGCCAAGGCAACUUCAGCGCAGAGAGCAUCUGAAUGUGCUCCAUCCUCAGAUAUGACAGCCCGUCAUGUUUGGACGUGUCCUGCCUUCACGAAUUGUUCUUAAACAUUGUUUUGCGAGUAGAGAAAGACAGAAGUGCACCGAGUGUGAAUGAAGCUCUCACUGAUCGAAUCAAUGAAAUAAGCCUCGAUCUCGCCAGGAAAAAGACAAACUCCAGCUCGUGUUAAGAGCUUCAUUGAUUUGUCUGUCUGGAACAUUUUCGUCUUUGACAAAAGAAGAGAAAAACAAAUCAACAACAACAAUAACAAGUGGAAGGACUUUGGAGAGGAAGAGUGCGUCCGGGACAUUAUCAUACCCAUCGCCAUCAUCAUCAUCAUCAUCAUCAUCUCUCUAGUUUUGGAUAAAAUGAAAGUUUGGACUUUUCUCCAGUGUCUCGCCAUCCUGCUCGUCCUGUGUGUGGGAUCAGACUGCGGGACGGUCCUGAGAAAGACCCGGUCCAAACGCGAGCUGGUGAAGAUCAGAGAAGCCAAAACGGUCUUCCCUGGCUCUUGUGCCACCCGGCUGCCUCGGGGCAAGCGCUCCUUGCCGGCGCUGGACCGCCGGCUCCCCCGCCAGCGCGGCCGCUCCUCUCCAGCGGAGGAUGCGAGCUCCUCUCGGGGGAAAGCCGUUUAUUUUACGGGCAGAGGGGACCAGCUGAGACUCAAGCCCGGCGUGGAGAUACCAAAGGGCAAUUUCACCCUCCAGAUGUGGGUCAAAGCGGAGGGUGGGCAGCGUUCCCCUACCGUUAUAGCUGGUCUCUUCGACAAAUGCUUCUAUGCCUCCAGUGACCGUGGAUGGCUGCUGGGAAUUAAAUCUGUGAGUGAGCAGGGAAACCGUGACCCGCGUUUCUUCUUCUCCCUUAAGACGGAUCGAGCACACAAGGUUACCUCCAUUCACUCGAACGCCCGCUACUUGCCCAGCCGCUGGGCCCAUGUGGCUGUGACUUACGACGGCCUCUAUAUGAAGUUAUAUGUUAAUGGUGCCCAGACUGCUGUUAGCAGGGAACAGUCAGGUGACGUCUUCAGCCCCCUUACUAAAAAGUGUAAGGUGCUGAUGGUGGGUGGAAAUGCCUUGAAUCAUAACUACAGAGGCUCCGUGGAACGGGUCGGUUUGUGGCGACAGGCUCUCUCUCAGAGGCAAAUCAUGAGGGACAUGCAUGGACAAGAGGACCCUGAGGACCUGGUUAACCUGGUGAUCCGUGAAACCUUUGAACAUCCGGCGCGCAAAUGGCUGGCAGUGAAGGACGGCAGCUUCCCGAUACCCGAUGAGGGUCCUCGUGCCGGGUUGUGGUCUUUGGACACCACCCUGGAGCCUCCAGCCUGCGGACAGACGGUGUGCGAUAACACAGAAGUGGUGCGCAACUACAAUCAUUUCUGGAGCUUCCGUCGCCCCAAAACAGUGCGAUACCGUGUUGUGAACGUGUUUGACGACUUUCAACGCAAACCCACGGUGACGGAUCAACAGAUUCACCUGCAGCAUCAGCAUCUGAAUGAAGCCUUUAGCAUGUACAACAUCACCUGGGAGUUGACUGUGCACAACGUGAGCAAUUCCUCUUUGUAUAACCGUCUGGUGCUCGCCAACUGUGACAUCAGCAAGGUGGGUGAUGAGGAUUGUGACCCUGAAUGCAACCACACCCUGACUGGCUUUGACGCCGGUUACUGCAAGCCCCGGACGCGAUGUCCUGAACAUAAACAAGGGAAUGGCAUCUGCGACCCAGAGUGCAACUGUGAGAACUAUGGUUACGAUAAUGGAGAUUGCUGUAAUCCUACCAUCACCGAUGUGACCAAGACCUGCUUCAAUCCAGCUUCUCAUUUAAGGGCCUAUCUGGAUGUGAAGGAGCUAAAAGAGAUCCUCAAGCUGGAUGGUUCAACGCAUCUCAAUAUCUUCUUCGCCAAUUCCUCCGAUGAAGACCUGGCUGGAGUUGCUACAUGGCCAUGGGACAAGGAGGCACUGACACAUCUAGGUGGUAUAGUUCUAAAUCCGUCUUUCUAUGGUACAUUUGGCCACACUCAUACCAUGAUCCAUGAGAUCGGUCACAGUCUGGGACUGUACCAUGUGUUCAGGGGUAUCUCAGAGAUCGAGUCCUGCAACGACGCGUGUUUAGAGACAGAGCCAUCUCUGGAAACUGGAGAUCUGUGCGCCGACACCAACCCCACACCCAAAUACAAGCACUGCAGGGACCCUGAGCCUGGCAACGAAACCUGUGGCAACCGCAACUUUGUUCACACACCCUUUAAUAAUUACAUGAGCUAUGCAGACGACGACUGCACUGAUUCCUUCACACUUAACCAGGUGGCUCGCAUGCACUGCUAUCUGGACCUCAUCUACCAAACCUGGCAACCCAGCUACCGGCCCCCUCCAGUCCCCAUGGCCCCCCAAGUGGUAGAACAGGAACAAGACUCCAUUACUUUAGAGUGGUUUCCGCCCAUCUCUGGCCACUUCUACGACAGAGAAGUGGGAUCAGUAUGUGAUAAAUGUGCAGAGGGUCACGUCCUUCUGCAGUACGCCUCCAAUUCUUCGUCUCCGCGCCCCUGCUCCCCGUCUGGACACUGGAGCCCCAGAGAAGCAGAGGGACCACCAGAUGUGGAGCAGGCAUGCGAGCCCAGCGUCCGCACGUGGAGUCCGCACAACGGCAUGGAUCUGGGCAUGGUGCCCCCUCCCUGCCCUCUGCAAGGCUGCAUGUUACAGCUGGAGUUUGCACAUCCGGUGAUCCCUGACUCCCUCACGGUGUGGGUGACCUUCUCCUCCCAGGAGGAAACGGUUCUGCCUGCCAUCCACAAUAUCAUCUUAUUGACUGUAGGUGGCAACAACCUGUCUCUGGGUCCCAGCAAUUUGUUCUGCGACACACCACUGACCAUCAAGCUGGAUGUGCACGAGAAGGUGUACGGCGUGCAGUUUUUCACCAUGGAGCAACAUUUGGAAAUUGAUGCUACUCUGCUCACGUCUAAACCCGACUGUCCUCUCUGUCGAGAGUGUGAGCCGCUGCGCUAUCGGCUUCUACGGCAGCCGCCGUUCGCGCACGCACCCCAGGGCAUCACGCUGGGCGACUCGACGCGAAGAUACGUGGAUAGGGAUGUUGAGUAUGGUGGUGUGUACACAUAUCAGGUCCAAACCAUCUCCAGUCGGAGCGAGAGCGAGCCAUCACCUCCGUUCACACACCGCCUCGGAGCGCCGUACUGUGGAGACGGUCUCAUCCAGAGGUCCCAGGGAGAGGAAUGUGAUGAUAUGAACACUAUGAAUGGAGACGGCUGCUCCGGCCACUGUAAGAAGGAGCCGUUUUUUAACUGUAUUGAUGAGCCGAGCAUGUGUUACUAUUAUGACGGCGACGGCGUCUGUGAAGACUUUGAGCGGGAGACAGGUGUGAAGGACUGUGGCCUGUACACGCCGAACGGUUUCCUGGACCAGUGGGCCACCACAGUGGAAGUGUCCCAUGAAGAGAGGCUCUACUGCCCAGCCGACGUGGCAGCAGGAUAUCCUGCUAUUACUAAGACAUGCCAGUCCAAGGUGUUUGACCUCUCUGAUGGAGUGUCUCAGUAUGCCUGGUUUCCAUGUCGAGAGGCUCAGGGUGUUUCCUGGUAUCCCCAGUAUUGGUUGAAGGCAUAUUUCUCACAUCCUAUGGUUGCUGCGGCUGUUAUCAUCCAUUUAGCCGCAGAUGGAACGAGCUACAUCGAUCAAGCCCAGUGCAACAUUACAGUCCAACUGAUCGACACCAAAGAGGGCAUCCACAGCUUAGGUGACUGGCGUUUGAGCUGCCGCACCAAUCCUCUGGUCAUCCCAGUGAGUCAUGACUUGAGCAUGGCCUUCUACCACACCAAAGCCAUUCUCCUCAUGUUCCGUUCCGAUCUCGUGGCCAUCUCCGGUGUCGGCCUGCGCUCUUUCCAGUUCUUUGACCCAAUCACCAUCAGCGGCUGUCAGAGCAAUGAAAUAUACAACCCCAUGGGCCAGAGUUGUGUUCAUUACUCCUGUGAAGCCAUUGAUUGCCAAGAGCCGUUGAUCCGGAAUGCAGAGGUGCAGUGCAGCGACAACGGAUACUUCAACGGCGCGCGCUGCACCGUCAUGUGCAACAGCGGAUACGUCCUACAAAUCCACCGGGACGAUGACAUCAUCAAGAGUCAGACGGACUCAACCGUGACCAUCACCUGUGCUGAUAGGAAAUGGAACAAGCAAGUAUCGUGUGAGCCGGUUGACUGUGGGCUACCAGAUAAGUACCAUGUGCACCCUGCCCACUUUGAUUUCCCAGAAGGCACCACCUACGGCAAGAAGAGCACGUUCCAGUGCAAGGAGCCUGCUCAGCUUGUGGGCACUAAUAACACUCUGACCUGUAUGGAGGACGGUCUGUGGUCGUUCCCGGAGGCUUUGUGUGAGCUCCGCUGUCCGGCGCCGCCUCCCGUGCCCAACGCCAUGCUGCAGACCAAACGCUGCAAUGAAACGGGCCUGAAAGUGGGAACCCUCUGCAAAUACAAAUGCAAACCUGGAUACCAUGUGGCCAACAAGCCAAAGAGGAGAGCCUUCAAGCGGCAGUGCACAGAGGACGGCCGCUGGUUGGAGGGCUCGUGUGAGCCGGUGACCUGUCCUCCUCCUCCAUCGGUCUUCUAUGGCAUGUACCAGUGCACAGACGGCUUCAGGUUCGACAGCACCUGCUGGAUAAACUGCGGUGGUGCCAACCACACUCUGAGACAACCGCCACCAUGCAAACAGGUUGUCGGCACCAAUGUCAUCCGCUGCAGAAAGGACGGGAACUGGACCGGAAGCUUCCGGUUAUGCCCUCAGCUGAAGGGCCAAUGCUCUCUACCUCAGAACCUGCAUCCCAGCAUCCGCAUCAGCUGCAAGAAGGGCCACGGCAUAGGAGAGGAGUGCGAGUUGUCCUGCAGGGACAUCAGCAAUGAUGUGGUCAUUCUGCCGAGUAACAUGACGGUCAGCAGCAUUAUGAGACAUCACUGGAUGAACCCUACUAAAGUCAAGCUCAUAGUCUGCACCAUGGGCCUGAAGUGGUACCCUCAUCCGGAAGUCCUGCGCUGCAUAAAGGGAUGCGAGCCUUUCAUGGGUGACAAUUACUGUGACGCCAUCAACAACAGAGCCUACUGCAACUACGAUGGAGGUGACUGCUGUCAUUCCACUGUCAAGACUAAGAAGGUGAUUCCGUUCCCCAUGUCUUGCGACAUCCGAAGAGAGUGCGCUUGCCGGGACCCCAACGCUUCGGAGAACCGAAAGGGCGAGCACUUGCACUCGCUCGGUUAAAUCGCUCGGACUGGGACAGGACGAGAUAUUCUUCCCAGAAAUGCUGCUGCUUCACAGUUGUACCUCUCCUCUUAGAGCUGUUCAUCCUUUCCAAGUCUACCUGCUAUCUCUUACAAUACGUUUGGAAAAGGAUCCCAAUGCCGUGACCCCAAAAAAGGACCAAAGUCGGUUUGUGUAAAAGCAUCGUCGUCAUCAUCACUCACGACUCCCCCCCCAAACAUAAAGCAAAACGAAAGCAAGUGAAGCAAGAGACACUGAUGCGAUUUGACCAAAGGCCAAAAAAGCAUCAUCUCAAAAGAAGAAAGAACUUUCUGCCGAAACACCACCGUUGAUUUGUUUGUUUUACUUUGACCUCAUUCGUCCCUUGUGAAACGGACUUGGGAUUGUACGGUUGGCUCACAUGAUCACAGGUCGUUUUUAAAGAUUAAUCACCACUUCUUUUGAUGUUCCUACAAUGAAACAAUCCAUCAAAUAUAAAUACGCAACGGCUGCAGGUCCCGUCGCGCACUAUUUAGGAAAUAAUUUAAAAUGCACGGGGAUAGAUCGGUGCAUAAAUGCGGUGAGAAUGAAUUGAGAACUGAAUUGGUUGCUGCUACGAUUGCUGCUAAUUAGUCAAACAACAGACAACAGGAAUACGCAGGCCAUGAUCUAGUGUGUCGUCAGUCUGCCUUAACACUUACCUCUGAUCGAUAUGACCGCCAAUGACCGAAGACCUCCCGUUACAGCGCCGGGCCAGUGCUGAAGUGCAGCUCAUCUGGUCACAAUGCACAACAUACUGAAUGUAGAGGCCAUUGUCAGAAACCUUUUAUUUAAUAUAAAUGGUUAGUUCACCCAAAAACUGACAAUUCCAUCAUCAUUUGCUCGCCUUCGGUUUUUAUUGAUUGCUUUUUGAGUGUGAGAACAUAAGCAUAUCCAUAGAAUGAGUUCAAAAGCAUCAUACAAGUAGUCUUCCGAAGCUGUAGCUCUGUGUGAUUUUACUCGCAGAAAAUCCUUCCAUCUGCUGCAGUUCUCAAAUGUCUCAUUCUCUGGUUACAACACCCAUGGGAACCGACGACAUCCAAAGGUGCCAUACUAAAAUCUGACCGCAAGCACCAAAGAGCUUUUCAGCAACUAAAAACAACCCAACACAUCAGCUUCAGAAGACUACACGAGUACCGUCGUGGUACUUUUCAUGAUUAAAUUGACAUAAUACAGAAAACAAACAGACACUAUGAACGUUGCCAGUCAAAACCACUUUUUAACACACGUGCCAACUUUUUAAACACUUGUAAGUGUUUUUAGCCCCUUUGAAACUGAGGUUAAAAUGCAAUGGGCGCUUGUGCCAUGGAUGUGCUGCCAAAAAACCUGAAAAUAUUAUCGCUUCAACAUAAUCGUAAAACCAUGAUAAAACAGCACUAAUUGUUAUUACAUAUAGGAAAAUGUAUAGAAAAAAAAAAUGUACUUCAGCAGCGUAUAAAUAUAUAUACACUUUUUUUUUUUCUUCUUCAAUAUUUGGCUAUCAACUGUGAACUUUUCCUUCAGACAGACCUCCGUUUUGACUAGUUUCUCACUGUCUGUGGAUCUCCAUGUUUGACUGGUGUGUCAAACCUGCUCCUGAAGACUACGCUCUGGGUUAAAAACAACCCAAGUUGGGUUGAAAAUGGACAAACCCAGCUAUUUUAUGUUGUUUUAAUCCAGGAGUUGGGUUAAAUGUUUGCCUAACCUGUUGCACAGUUUUAUUUAACUC